UGGGGGUUUAGCUUAGCUGCUAACAGAGGCACGCGUCGGCAAGCAGACACCGAGUGCGAGUUCAAAGUGUGGAAAAUGUGCGCGAGGAGGACCGCAGCGUUUAGGUUGGACGAGGAACUUUAUAGAGUAAAAGACGAGCCGCCAAGUCAAGAACUGGAUGUCAUUUUGAUAAAAAGGCCUUGGGUUGGGCUAAGCACAGGAGAUGUCAGUAAAGUCCAUCAUCCUGAGCAGGAGCCCUCUCACAUCAAAGAGGAGGAUGAGGAUGAGGAGGAAGCGUUCUUACCCAUUCAAGAAGAAAAAGACGAGCACUUUAUCCAGGUUCAGCACCCUUACAUAAAAAAAGAAGAGGAAAAUUUUCCCUAUAUUCAAGAAGAAAAGCAUGAUUUUAUCAAGGUUCCACCGACAGGUGUCCCCUUAAAGGGUGAAGAUGAAGAUCAAAGUGAGAGUAGAGGGACGAAGCCUCCGAAAAGUAGCAGUAGCAGCUGCUCAACAGAACGUGACGGAGACCAAUUGAGAGGAUCACCAGCAGAUGGCCUCAUAGCUCCACUAUCAGAUCAUAACUCUCCCUCUUCUGACUAUGAUGAUGAUAAAGGGUCUGAAGGUCAUAAAUGUGACAUUGACAACAAACGCUCAGAAUGCUCUCCGUGUGAGAAACCCUAUUUUAACAAGUCUGUAUUGAAAAUGCAUAUGAAAACGCACACUGGAGAAAAACCUUUUGCCUGCUCAGUUUGCGGUAAAAGAUUCUUUAGAAAAACGGACUUCGAGAAACACACAAGAAUACACACUGGGGAGAAGCCUUUUGUCUGUUCAGUUUGUGGUAAGAGAUUCACUGAAAAGGGACACUUAAUCAGACACACCAGGACACACACUGGUGAGAAGCCUUACUCUUGCUCAGUCUGUGGUCAAAGAUUUGCUCAUAAGGGAGGUGUAAAAACACACACUAGAACACACACUGGGGAAAAACCUUUUUCAUGCUCAAUUUGUGGCAAAACAUUCAAACAAAGUAGUAACUUAAAAGUUCACACAAGAACACACACUGGUGAAAAACCUUUCCCCUGCUCAAUUUGUGGUCAAAGAUUUGCUCAAAAAGGAGAUUUAACAAACCACACAAGAAUACACACUGGUGAAAAACCUUUUGUCUGCUCAGUUUGUGGUCAAAGAUUCACUGAAAAAGGACACUUAAUAAGUCACACCAGGACACACACUGGGGAGAAACCUUAUUCCUGCUCAAUUUGUGGUCAAAGAUUUGCUCAUAAGGCAGGUGUAAAUUCACACACUAGAACACACACUGGGGAAAAACAUUUUUCAUGCUCAAAUUGCGGCAAAACAUUCAAACAAAAUAGCAACUUAAAAGCUCACAUAAGAACACACACUGGUAAAAAACCUUUCCCCUGCUCAGUUUGUGGUCAAAGAUUUGCUCAAAAAGGAGAUUUUAAAAAACACAUACGAACACACACUGGUGAUAAACCUUUUUCCUGCUCAAUUUGUGGCCAAAGAUUCACAGAGAAGAGAAAAAUAAAGCGACACUUAAGGACACACACUGGUGAAAAACCUUUCUCUUGCUCAUUUUGUGAUCAAAAAUUCCCUCAGAAGACCAACUUGAUAAGACAUACAAUGAGACACACCGGUGAGAAACCUUUCUCCUGCUCAGUUUGUGGUCAAACUUUCACUCGGAAAUAUCUGAUCAAGGAACACAAGUGUGUUGGUGUGAAAAGCAGUGACCAAUGAAGUAUUGCUGGUCAUCUAAGUGGAUGUCAUCUGUUUGUGCUUACUAGGGACAAGAAUUGAGGAUUCACAAUUAUUCUAAAAUACUUCUAGCAAUAAAUGUACUAUGUUCCUGCUUUAUUUUUGUUAAUGUAUGAUACUUAUAUCUAUAUUAUUAAAAGA